UCGGCGGCGGCCGCGGCGGCACCUCAGGCAGCCGGAUUCCCCAACAACGACCUCGGGCCUUUCCCCUCCCCCGCUACACCCCGCGCCCAGCUCCGCCCCGCCCCGGGUCGCUCGCGUUUCGGGGUCCCUGCCGCGUGGGCGCCGCGGCCGGAGCGUCCGUCCACACGCCCUCCCCCAGCCGCCGGCUCCGCCGCGGGGCCAGGCCGGGCCCGGGAGCGCAGCCCCGGCAGGCGGGCGGGCGGCGACCGCGGCGGAGGGCAACCCGGGGCGGCGCCAGCGGGCCGGGGAGGAGUGGGGGCCCGGCCCCGGGGCGGUGGUGCGGGAUGCCGCCGCCGCCGCCUCCGGGCUGCGUUCGCUCUUCGCGGCUGGUGCCCGUGUCGGGUGGGUGGCCGGGCGCGGGCUUCGCCCCCCAGCUCCCUCUCCGGGGCUAGCCCGGCCGCUCGGCGCCCCGAGGGGGCCGGGCCGUCCGGUGGGGCCGCGGCCCUGUUCCGCGCUAAGAGCUCGCCCUCUCGCGGCUCCCCGGCCCGGCCGCCGCCGCCCCUCUCCCAACCCGGAGGCGCCCCGGGGGCACCAUGCAGGCGCAGCAGCUGCCGUACGAGUUUUUCAGCGAGGAGAACGCGCCCAAGUGGCGGGGGCUGCUGGUGCCUGCGCUGAAAAAGGUUCAGGGCCAAGUUCAUCCUACUCUUGAGUCUAGUGAUGACGCUCUUCAGUAUGUGGAAGAAUUAAUUCUGCAGUUAUUAAAUAUGCUAUGCCAGGCUCAGCCCCGAAGUGCUUCAGAUGUAGAGGAACGUGUUCAAAAAAGUUUCCCUCAUCCAAUUGAUAAGUGGGCAAUAGCUGAUGCCCAGUCGGCUAUUGAAAAGAGGAAGCGAAGAAACCCUUUAUCUCUCCCAGUAGAAAAAAUUCAUCCUUUGUUAAAGGAGGUCCUAGGUUAUAAAAUUGACCACCAGGUUUCUGUUUACAUAGUAGCAGUAUUAGAAUACAUUUCUGCAGACAUUUUAAAGCUGGUGGGGAAUUAUGUGCGAAAUAUACGGCAUUAUGAAAUUACAAAGCAAGAUAUUAAAGUGGCAAUGUGUGCUGAUAAGGUAUUGAUGGAUAUGUUUCAUCAAGAUGUAGAAGAUAUAAAUAUAUUAUCUUUAACUGAUGAAGAGCCUUCCACCUCAGGAGAGCAAACUUAUUAUGAUUUGGUAAAAGCAUUUAUGGCAGAAAUUCGACAAUACAUAAGGGAACUUAAUUUAAUUAUAAAAGUUUUUAGAGAGCCCUUUGUCUCCAAUUCAAAAUUGUUUUCAGCUAAUGAUGUAGAAAAUAUAUUUAGUCGUAUAGUGGAUAUACAUGAACUUAGUGUAAAGUUACUGGGCCAUAUAGAAGAUACUGUAGAAAUGACGGAUGAAGGCAGUCCCCAUCCAUUAGUAGGAAGUUGCUUUGAAGACUUAGCAGAGGAACUGGCAUUUGAUCCAUAUGAAUCAUACGCUCGAGAUAUUUUACGACCUGGUUUUCAUGAUCGUUUCCUUAGUCAGUUAUCAAAGCCUGGAGCAGCACUCUAUUUGCAGUCAAUAGGCGAAGGUUUCAAAGAAGCUGUUCAGUAUGUUUUACCCAGGCUACUUCUAGCUCCUGUUUACCACUGUCUACAUUACUUUGAACUUCUGAAGCAGUUAGAAGAAAAGAGUGAAGAUCAAGAAGACAAGGAAUGUUUGAAACAAGCAAUAACAGCUUUGCUUAAUGUUCAGAGUGGUAUGGAAAAAAUAUGUUCUAAAAGCCUUGCAAAACGAAGACUGAGUGAAUCUGCAUGUCGGUUUUAUAGUCAGCAAAUGAAGGGGAAACAACUAGCAAUCAAGAAAAUGAACGAGAUUCAGAAGAAUAUUGAUGGUUGGGAGGGAAAAGACAUUGGACAGUGUUGCAAUGAGUUUAUAAUGGAAGGAACUCUUACACGUGUAGGAGCCAAACAUGAGAGACACAUAUUUCUCUUUGAUGGCUUAAUGAUUUGCUGUAAAUCAAAUCAUGGGCAGCCAAGACUUCCUGGUGCUAGCAAUGCAGAAUAUCGUCUUAAAGAAAAGUUUUUUAUGAGAAAGGUACAAAUUAAUGACAAAGAUGACACCAAUGAGUACAAGCAUGCUUUUGAAAUAAUUUUGAAAGAUGAAAAUAGCGUUAUAUUUUCUGCCAAGUCAGCUGAAGAGAAAAACAAUUGGAUGGCAGCAUUGAUAUCUUUACAGUACCGGAGUACACUGGAAAGGAUGCUUGACGUGACAAUGCUCCAGGAAGAAAAGGAGGAGCAGAUGAGGCUCCCCAGUGCUGAUGUGUAUAGAUUUGCAGAGCCUGACUCUGAAGAAAAUAUCAUAUUUGAAGAGAACGUGCAGCCCAAAGCUGGAAUUCCAAUUAUCAAAGCAGGAACUGUUAUUAAACUUAUAGAGAGGCUCACAUACCAUAUGUACGCAGAUCCCAAUUUUGUUCGGACAUUUCUUACAACAUAUAGAUCCUUUUGUAAACCUCAAGAACUACUGAGUCUUUUAAUAGAAAGGUUUGAAAUUCCAGAGCCUGAGCCAACAGAAGCUGAUCGCAUAGCUAUAGAGAAUGGAGAUCAGCCCUUGAGUGCAGAACUAAAAAGGUUUAGAAAAGAAUAUAUACAGCCUGUACAACUGCGAGUAUUAAAUGUAUGUCGGCACUGGGUAGAGCACCACUUCUACGAUUUUGAAAGAGACGCAGAUCUUUUGCAGCGAAUGGAGGAAUUUAUUGGAACAGUAAGAGGUAAAGCAAUGAAAAAGUGGGUUGAAUCCAUCACUAAAAUAAUCCAAAGGAAAAAAAUUGCAAGAGACAAUGGACCAGGUCAUAAUAUUACAUUUCAGAGUUCACCUCCCACAGUUGAGUGGCAUAUAAGCAGACCUGGGCACAUAGAGACUUUUGACCUGCUCACCUUACACCCAAUAGAAAUUGCUCGACAACUCACUUUACUUGAAUCAGAUCUAUAUCGAGCUGUACAGCCAUCAGAAUUAGUUGGAAGUGUGUGGACAAAGGAAGACAAAGAAAUUAAUUCUCCUAAUCUUCUGAAAAUGAUCCGGCAUACCACUAAUCUCACUCUGUGGUUUGAGAAAUGUAUUGUAGAAACUGAAAACUUAGAAGAAAGAGUAGCUGUGGUGAGUCGAAUAAUUGAGAUUCUGCAAGUCUUUCAAGAGCUGAACAACUUCAAUGGUGUCCUUGAGGUUGUCAGUGCUAUGAACUCAUCACCUGUAUACAGACUAGACCACACGUUUGAGCAAAUACCAAGUCGCCAAAAGAAAAUUUUAGAAGAAGCUCAUGAACUAAGUGAAGAUCACUAUAAGAAAUAUUUGGCAAAACUCAGGUCUAUUAAUCCACCAUGUGUGCCUUUCUUUGGAAUUUAUCUAACUAAUAUCUUGAAAACAGAAGAAGGCAACCCUGAGGUCCUAAAAAGGCAUGGAAAAGAGCUUAUAAACUUUAGCAAAAGGAGGAAAGUAGCAGAAAUAACAGGCGAGAUCCAGCAGUACCAAAAUCAGCCUUAUUGUUUACGAGUAGAAUCAGAUAUCAAAAGGUUCUUUGAAAACUUGAAUCCAAUGGGAAAUAGUAUGGAAAAAGAAUUUACAGAUUAUCUUUUCAACAAAUCCCUAGAAAUAGAACCACGAAACCCUAAGCCUCUCCCAAGAUUUCCAAAAAAAUAUAGCUAUCCCCUAAAAUCUCCUGGUGUUCGUCCAUCAAACCCAAGACCAGGUACUAUGAGACAUCCCACACCUCUGCAGCAAGAGCCAAGGAAAAUUAGUUAUAGUAGGAUCCCUGAAAGUGAAACGGAAAGUACAGCAUCUGCACCAAAUUCUCCAAGAACACCGUUAACACCUCCUCCUGCUUCUGGUGCUUCUAGUACCACAGAUGUUUGCAGCGUAUUUGACUCUGAUCAUUCAAGCCCUUUUCACUCAAGCAGCGAUACCGUCUUUAUCCAAGUUACACUGCCCCAUGGCCCAAGAUCUGCUUCAGUAUCAUCUAUAAGUUUAACCAAGAGCACUGAUGAAGUGCCUGUCCCCCCUCCUGUUCCUCCACGAAGACGACCAGAAUCUGCCCCAGCGGAAUCUUCGCCAUCUAAGAUCAUGUCUAAACAUUUGGACAGCCCCCCAGCAAUUCCUCCUAGGCAACCCACAUCAAAAGCCUAUUCACCACGAUAUUCAGUAUCAGACCGGACCUCUAUAUCAGAUCCUCCUGAAAGCCCUCCCUUAUUACCUCCACGAGAACCCGUGAGGACACCUGAUGUUUUCUCAAGCUCACCACUACAUCUCCAACCUCCCCCUUUGGGCAAAAAAAGUGACCAUAGUAAUGCCUUCUUCCCAAACAGCCCUUCCCCCUUUACACCACCUCCGCCUCAAACACCUUCUCCUCACGGCACAAGAAGGCAUCUGCCAUCACCACCACUGACACAAGAAGUGGACCUUCAUUCCAUUGCUGGGCCGCCUGUUCCUCCACGACAAAGCACUUCUCAACAUAUCCCUAAACUCCCUCCAAAAACUUACAAAAGGGAGCAUACACACCCAUCCAUGCACAGAGACGGACCACCGCUGUUGGAGAAUGCCCAUUCUUCCUGAGUUCCUCUACACCAGGAUGUACGUUGUCCUGGCCCCAAAUCCAUUGCUGGCAAUGGAUGCACUGAACGUGCCAGCACUGAGGAGUUAAAAUGAGAACUCCAAACACUAACGACUCUACUUCAAGAUGCAGUAUAAGACAGUGAAUUUUAACCUAGAUGUAAUUAUAAAGUGAAGAUGGUGUUCGUUUAGAAUAUGGAAAGACUGAUCUAGAGGAAGUGGACAACUGAUUGCACCUGAAAAUCAAGUAAAGGGAACUUUUUCCAGCCAGUAGGCAGGAGUCCUCUUUUUGUGAAGUGAUCUUUAUCAUUAAAGGGAUGAAAAACACAGUCUAGUGUCCAGCAGGCCCACAUGAUGACAGUUUUUGUAAUUCAAAAUAUUAUGCACUUUUUAAAAAGAAAUCUUAAACAGGGAUCUUCAAAUCCUCCUUUGUUUUCCUUUGCUUUUAUUUGUCCUACUUUAGAAUAUUUUCUUAAAAAUCAUUCAGAGGACUGUGAGGAAAGGCUGUGGUACCUGACCUUGUUGGAAUCAAGGCCCAGCACUGUACUACAGUCCUGUUUACAGAUUAUUACAGUGAAUUGAAUGGGUACCGAGGCUUCACCAAAGAGGUACUUUUUUUUUUUUUUUUUAAGAAUAAUUAUACCGAUUUUAAGAGCAUUCCCCUACCCACCCUCCCUACACAAACAAAAUGUGGUGGUGUUGCCUUCAAACAAGAGAAGUUUUGUGUCAUUAACAAUGACAGAAGAACUUUUAAAACAAUGUAACUGUCAAGUAUAUGAUUUACAUUUAGGAGACUGUUAAUCUAUGCUAGAUUGUCCUUUUCCCCCCUUUUCCCACAGAAGUUUACUGGUAACCCAUGUCAUGGCUUGUAGCUGUCCCUCUAACCACACUAUGGAAACGCAGUCACCCAGUGUGAAGGGAGUCCUUGCUGGGCAUCGCUGACAGCGUUCAUGUUUUACUAAUAGUUGAGUGAUCAGCAUAUCUAGAAUUACCGUGCAUUGCCUAAAUCAUGUGUAUAUAGUGAAUGUUAUAUAAUAUACCUGGCAGGUCUGUUUUAAUUUAAUUGAAUAAAGAUACAAAUACUUUGUUUGGCUGGCAUAUAUUAAAUUAUUAUAUGAGAAAAUGGUUGAUUCUUAUUUCUUUCAGUUGAAACACACACAAACACUAAGCAUAAAAGCACGUAUUGUGGUACGCCUUGGUUUCUAGUUCUGGAUGUAUGUAUUCAUCUUAAAGAAUGAUCUAAAGUUGCAGUUUGGCAUGUAGGAAAAUAUUUGGUUAGAAAAGGAUGGGUAUCUUUUAAGCAGAGCUUUGUAAGGUUUUUAAUUUCCUAGGUAACAUGUGUACAGUCUGUUAAAGUUUAUAUUAAACAUUCUACCUUGCUUGA